CCUGUUUGUAACCAAAAUGAUAGUCGUUACUGCCUAUUAGUUUUGCUGUAUUGACUGCCUAAAAGAGACUUUUUUCAAACAUAUCCGAGUACUAAGCGGCAUGCUUGUUCAAUAGUGAAUGAAAAUCAAUAAAAUGAACCAAUCACAAUUGAAUGUAAACACACGUGGACAGAAAAAAUAUAAAAACAUUGAAAAAUAAACAUCAUUUAAAGUCAUCACGGUAAAAUUAAAGAAAAAGGGUUUUAUUAUAGUUGUCUUCAAGUAAACAUAACAAUGAAAUCUAAUGGAAUGAUACAAGAGUGUAAUAAAGUUAAACCAGCUAGAUGUUUGUUUCAAUCAUUGGAAAAUAAAUUAUGGAAUCAUUCAUCUAAUUUAAAUAAUAACAAUAAUAACAAAAACAAUAACAUAAAUCAAACAAAAUCAGGUAUCAAUGAACAAUGUCAACAAACAUUUAACUUAGUAUGUCAAAAAGAUCUUGAAAUGUUUUGUCAAAAUUAUGAUUUUGAUUUGAAUCAAAUGAAACCUGUUGUUAGUCCGAUCAGUUGUAUUAUCAAUGAAAGUGAUCAGAAAAGUCGACAUUGUCAUCGUCAUCACCAACAUCAACACACACGACAUAAACAAGUAUGGCAUUGGGAACAGUUGGACACCACACUCAAUUAUGUCCCCACAUUUUAUUUAAACAACAAAUAUCAUUCAGAUAGUUACCUACUUCGAUCGCAUCAACAGGAAUAUCCAGUACCACCGAAUACACCACACAAAUGCACUACAAAAUCAUCAAACUACCAAUUCACCGAGAAUAAGUACAAUUCAUCUACUUCGUUCACACUGCACAGGUCACAAGUAUAUCAUCACAUAUCAUCUCCAGUACCAAUCAUCCAACCAGUUACAACUUCAUUUUGUGUGUGCCGUACUCGCAGUAGGAAUUCACCAAACUGCACAAUGUCAUCUGGUAGAGCUUCCAAGUAUUUGCUUGCUGAACAUAUACGGAGUAAAAGUGAAGGGAAACACAUUGACCACAUACACAACUCACAUCUUGAUGGACACGCAAAAUGCAGUGUUUGUAUUGAUUCGACUUGUCGUUCUUCUCAACUUCCAUACAAAUUAUCAAGUUAUUCGUCUUCCAAUAUUCCAUGUUCAAAGAGUGUGAAUGGUGUUGUGGAAUGGGAAAACAUUCCAUAUUCUGAUAAACAAGUGUCUCCCAGUCCACCAUCCACAUCGAACAGAUCUAGUUUGAAGCAAAUGAAACUGACUGAUAUGUUCCCUGUCAACAAGCCUGUCAAAUCCUGUAUAUUAUGUACAAAUUCAUGAUUAUUCAUUUAUUCAUCAGCAACAACAACAAAAUCUGCCUGAAAUUGAAUUUUUUUUUUCCUAAAUUUUGUGAUACAAAUAUUAUUUCCUGAGCUCAGAGAACAAAAUUCCAUCAAAAUCGUCCAUCUGAGCUACAAAUCUUUUUCACCAUAUUAUUCUCUUCUUUCUCAACAUAUGUAUAUAUAUGCUUGUACAUAAAUAUUAUUCAUUACAGUAUGGUAACAAAUUUCGAACGAAAUUGUACGAAUAAAAGAAACCUUCUGUCUUUUUAGCCGAUUGAUCGUUUAUUUAUUUCUUUAUUUUGGUUGAUAAUAGGUGACAGUACUCAUUACAUUUUAUGUAUUCCCUGUUCAGAACACAAUAUUAUUCACUCUAUGUGUUCAAACAUAUGAUUAUGAAGAGUAUACUAUUCUACUAAUCAAAAACCAUUUGCGUUCUGUUUCGACCCCCCACUCACCUGUCCACCCACCGACACACACACACAUAAAGUACAAAAUUUUAAUAUUGACAAAAUAGUUGCUAAUCUUUUUAAUAUUGAUAAUUUUCUACUUUUAAAUUGUGAUUAUAUAACUAAAAAUUUCAAUAAUAAAAUUUGUA